AUGGCUGAUAGAGUCGUCCCAUGGAACAAUCUUCCAACCGACUUAUUAGAGGCCGUAGGAAAGCGCCUCAAAACUAAAACCGAUGUCUCACGAUUUCGUGCCAUCUUCUACCAUCUAGUACCUCCUCCCAACAUAAACUCAGAUGAUUCUGCUUCGACUUCGAGUACAAGGGGUUGGGUGGUUAGGCUCAGGGAAGGAGAAUCAGGUGAACCUAGCAUGUUACAUCCACUCUCCUCCUCUUUCCACCUAAAGCGUUUGCCCAAGUCGGUGUUUCCAAAGCGACUAAACUUGUUGGAAUUUCGAGUAUUUGAAUUGGCAAAAACUUACACCAUGUACCACUCUGACCAUAGUGUUAGUAGUUACAGAGUGGCCAUAUCACUGAGCCCUGAUUGGCCUGCAAUCAUGGUUGUUGCUGCUGGAAAAUUAUACCACUGCAAAUUAGGCCCUGACAUUGAAAUGUGCACCAUGGUCGAUACCUCUGAGGUUUUUGAAGAUGUUAUUUGUUUUGAGGGAAAGUUCUAUGCUGUUUGCCACAAUGGCACAGCUGUGGUGGUUGAUCCUUCCUUGGAGAUGACACUGAUUGCAUCUCCGAUAAGUCCUGAUCAUGGCAGCAGCGUCCAUUGCGUCAAGAAUUUAGUGGAGUCACUGGGGGAGAUACUUCUAGUGGAAAGACACCGGAGAUACUUAUUUCCGGUUAAAUUCAGGGUUUACAAGUUGAAUGCAGUUGAGAGGAAAUGGGUUGAGAUGGAAGGUUUGGAUGGUAGGAUAUUGCGUGUGGGUGCUAAUAACUAUUGCUUCUUUUAG